AUGGGGCUUCCUGUCUUGUUCAGUUGUGUCCUGAUGGUGCUAAUUGCAGCAGGUCCUUCUUUGUCUGCACAAAUUGUGACAGGAAUAGUGGGCCAAUCUGUCACUUUGCCCUGUGAUUAUUCAGUACACGAGGAGGGAGGUGUCACAUCCAUGUGCUGGGGUCGGGGACCGUGUCCUCUGAAUAAAUGCUCAAAUGAAAUCAUCUGGACAGAUGGACACAAGGUGACCUUUCAGCACUCUAGCAGAUAUCACCUAAAGGAGAAUCUUACUCAGGGGAUCGUGUCGUUGACAAUAUAUAACCUGACAGAGGAAGAUGCUGGGAAGUAUUGCUGCCGUGUGGAACUUUCUGGUUGGUUUAAUGACAAGAAAGUCACAAUAAUAUUGAAGGUUGAACAAGCCAGUACUGUUACUGCUCUAACAACCCCUGCUUCCACUCGCCCAAUGCUGACAACCCUAACAUCCUCUGCUUCCACUCAUCCAGUGCUGAUGACCACCAAGGACAAAAAGUCAGUUUCUCCUACUCCGGUUAUGGACAUAGUGACAACUAGACCCCCAGCAACAUCAGAUGGAAAAAACUGGACACAGCCUGAUAUGCCAAUUGGAGAGAAUGAUACAGGGAUAGCAACUUCUGAAGGCUACCAGUCUACAAACAAAACGGUUAUCCUACAAGACCAACUGACAGCCUCUAAUAAGGGAAUAUAUAUUGGAGUUGGAGUCUUUGCUGGGGUGCUUCUCGUUCUGAUUUUACUUGUCUUUGUUUUGAAACGAUAUUUAGAUAACAAAAAGAAGGCACCAAGUCUAAGUCUGACUUUCUUGGCUCGUGGUAUACAAGAAGACAUAAGGACUACCACUGAAGGCGGCGGCAUCCAUGCAGAGGAUAAUGUUUAUGCAAUUGAAGAGAAUGUCUACACUGUGGAGCCAGAAAAUGCCUAUAUUAUUGAAGAGGAGAAUGCUUAUGUCACAGAAACAUAUAAUGAUAAACAGUUUGGCCAUAACAUACGCAACUGA